AUGCGUCUGCCUGAAAUCGUUGGUGCCGUUGGCCUUCUCGGCACGGUAGUCGAAGCUGCUCCUCGAGGUUCUUGGUUCAGUUCUUUCCAGCAGCGCCGAGUUGCUCGAUCUCCCAAUGGAAACGCCUACGACCCUCCCAGCUAUACUCCUGUCAGCACAUACACUCCUGUCAACACUUACACGGCCACCAAGAACACAACUACACCGACAACUCAUUCGACAACUCUUGAACCGCGCCAAUGUCCUUCCAACUACGUGUUUGUCUCAACCAAGACUGUCGAUGUCACCGUCACUGUCACUGCUUCUUCCGAUAGGUCUUACUACACCACUGCUGUCUGCCACGACUGCACCGAGACCUUGACCAUCAGCAACACCGUCUAUGUGCUUCCUAGCAAGUAUCCUUCAGCCAUGCCAUACGGCGAGAAGAACACUGGAUAUCCUUAUCCUGCCAACUCGAACUAUGCGGCGCCUUCUCAGACCAAGAAUGGCUAUCCUUACAUGAACUCUACUAUUGGAUACUCUGCCUCUAAGCCCACCGAUUACCGAACUCCUGGCUACGUAUCUCCUCCUGUUUACACUAAGCCGGUCUAUGCCAAGCUUGUGUACUCCGACCCUACUUAUGGUAACUCCACUGGCACACGGUCAGGCUAUGUCCCUCCUGUGUACACCAAGCCAGCCUAUUAUUCGGUUCCUUCUGGUAAUGCACCAGUCCCCGUGUACACUAAGCCUGUGGACACACCGACCUACUCGGCUCCUGUCUACACGAAGCCUGUAGAGACUCCCACGUAUACGCCUCCUGUUUACACUAAGCCGGUCUACUCUCAGCCCAGCAACUCGUCAACCGUUGACCCUAUCAUCUCAACUUCCACCAGCUCUGAUGAUAGCUCCGUCUACACACCGCCUGUCUAUACUGAUCCCGCUGCCAGAAGCGAGUCUUCUGAGUACUCUACUGUUUCCGCUGCUGAGAGCACGACCACUAGCGCAGAAACCGAGACACCCGCUGAGACUACCACAUCUGCCACUGCCAGCUCAGAGACCCUUCCUGUGAUCCCAACCUACCCAGUAUCUGAGGAUCCCACCAGUACCCUGGACACAACGAACUACGAGACCGAGACUGAGAAUCCCACGACGAGUGCUACUGAGACGUCCUAA